AUGACAGAGGUUCUGCAUGUUGAAGCUCAAGGACCGUUGCGGCAUUGCUGGGGUUCAGGAAAUCGCAUACUCGUACACUCGGUUUCUUCCGGCGUGCGAAGUGUCUCUGAUUCUGAGGAUAUACUGUACGAAGUAAAGUGGGGGGUUUCACUGACUUCUAAUGAGUUCAUGCGACGCCUUGUGAAGACCUCCUACGGUAUGCACCCUCAUUAUCCAUAUAGUUUUUCAGACGUGUUCUGUGCCCUCCAAUACAACACCAACCCGGAAAGUGUUCAGUAUCGUGCUGCACUAACAGUAUGUUCACAGGAAAUCCUUCAAUUCCUGAGUUCGUCGUCAGUUAACUAA